AUGGAUGUCCUCAGGCCUCCCAACAACAUGACUGAAUUUAUUCUCCUGGGACUCACACAGAAUCCACACUUGCAGAAAAUACUCUUCUUUGUCUUUUUGCUCAUUUUCCUAUUUACUGUGCUGGCCAAUCUGCUUAUUGUCAUUACCAUCUCCCUCAGCCCCACACUUUCUGCUCCCAUGUACUUCUUCCUCACUUACUUGUCCUUCAUAGAUGCCUCCUUCACCUCUGUCACCACCCCCAAGUUGAUCAUUGACCUGCUGUACCAGAGGAAAACUAUCUCCUGGGGUGGCUGCCUGACUCAGCUCUUUGUGGAGCACUUCCUGGGAGGAUCAGAGAUCAUCGUCCUCACUGUCAUGGCCUAUGCCCGCUAUGUGGCCAUCUGCAAGCCUCUGCAGUACAUGACCAUCAUGCAACAGGGGCUCUGCCAGCUCCUGGUGGCAGUGGCCUGGAUCGGGGGAAUGCUACAUGCCACUGUGCAGAUUCUCUUCAUGGCCAAUUUGCCCUUCUGUGGUCCCAAUGUCAUUGAUCACUUCAUGUGUGAUAUCUUCUCACUGUUGGAACUUGCCUGCUAUGAUACCUACAAGCUUGGAAUGGUGGUGACUGCUAACACAGGAGGCAUGUGCUUGCUCAUUUUCUCCAUGCUACUCACCUCCUACGUAGUCAUCUUGAGCUCCCUGAAAUCACAUGGCUCUGCAGGAAGGCACAAAGCUCUUUCUACAUGUGGCUCCCACUUUACAGUAGUGGUAGUGUCUUUUGGUGCUUGUGUAUUCACCUACACGCAUCCUGUGGCCGCUUACCCUGCGGACAAGUUGGUGGCCAUGUUCUUUGCAAUCCUCACUCCCAUGUUAAAUCCUAUCAUUUACACAGUGAGAAACACAGAGGUGAAAAAGGCCAUGAGGAGUUUGUUGAAGGGGAGAGUAACUUAG